AUGGAUUCGAUACCUGAGAAAUCAAGAUUAUUCAGAGAGCAACUAAUAUUAACAGAAAAAAUCAUAUUAAUUAUCGUUGCCAUAUGCGCAAUUCUGGGAAAUACUUUCGUUUUGGUCGCCACUUGGAGAGAAAGAAGUCUUCAUCAACCAAAUAAGUAUUUUAUCGCUUGCCUGGCUGUUGCUGAUCUUGUUGUGGGAAUUUUUGUAGCACCAAUGACGGCGAAUGAACUUAAUUUCGUUCACGAAUCGCGAGAUGCAAAGCCUACUCACACAUGUCGCUUUAUGGUUUGGUUAGACACGUUUGCGUUAACAGCAUCGUUCUAUAUACUAACCGUCAUAAGUUUUGACCGAUACCUUAAAAUCAGCAAGCCUCUUCAUUACAGAUCACGAAUGACAACUUUCAAAUUACUUAAAAUUAUUUCCUGCAUUGUCUUAAUUUCAAGUGUCUACGCCAGUUACAAUGCCAGCUCUCAUUCAGGGAGCUGGGGAAUCCUAGACACUGGAACCGGAUUUUGCUCUGAUGCUGCCAAAAUUGACAAAGUCGGAAAGGGAUUUUUCACCUUCUUCAUAAUAAUGGCGUUUUUUCUCCCCACAAUAUUCACUCUUGCCAUGUACGUUCGCAUUUUCUUUAUUGCUCGCAAACGUCAAAAAAUGUUUCGGAGUGGCCAACUACGCCAAAAUUCAAAUAACAAAAACCGCGAGAAUGCUUUUCUUCAAAAUAUGAAAGUCAUUCGUAUGCAAUGGGCUGUUAUGGGAGUGUUCAUAUUGUGUUGGAGUCCCGGAUUUAUUUGGAUGCUGGUCUCACUAUAUUACCCACAUUUAAUUGAUUAUGACAAUAAUUUGCAAAAGGAAAAUAUCGACAUAUUUCAUGUUAUCUCAAACACGCUUCCAAUAUUUAACAGCCUAUGUAAUCCAGUCAUCUACGCUUGGCUGGAUCAAACGUACAGAAAAGCUUUUAAACACCUGUUCAAAAAAAUUAUGUGUCGGCCCGAUGCGAGAAGGCACCCACCGAUAGUUCCAAUUGAGUUACGUUCAUGA